CGUGACCCUCAAGUCAGAGAUCAAGAAGCUGAUCUACACACACGUGGGCCUCUGGCUGCUGCUGCUGGCCCAGAUGUGUGUGGGGCACCUCAAGCUGCUGCCCCACGACCAGGUGGCCAUGCCCUAUCAGUGGGAGUACCCCUACCUGCUCAGCAUCCUGCCCUCCCUCCUGGGCCUCCUCUCCUUCCCCCCCAUGGCACAGCAGCUCUACCGUCAUGGUAAAGCUUACCGCUUCAUCUUUGGCUUCUCAGCUGUCUCCGUCAUGUACCUGGUGGUGGUGGUGGCUGCCCAGGUGCACGGCUGGCAGCUCUACUACAGCAAGAAGCUGCUGGACUCCUGGUUCACCAGCACGCAGGAGAAGAAGAAGAAAUGA